CGAAGUAUGAGCCGCCCUGCGACAGAUGUCCAUCACAUGGUCGAUUAUUUGAAAAAGGGUUAUUAAGCAUUGUAUGACUUAACUGAAUACUGCAAACUAAAACGGUUGGGCUUUUGCCAAUUUAUUGCUUCAUUUGAAAACUGCAGUUUUGUUAGUUGUUUGAAAAAGAAAAGUUGGAGGAAAAUGAAAUGUGUUAUCGUAUGUAAGCAUCUACAGUUGGAAUGAAUUUUAGAAGGAUAAACAAUGAUUUGACGAACCUUAGGUUGUGUUGGGUUCUUUUCUUCCUGAUGCACUAUGCUGCUUCGGAAACAAGAGGUCUUCAUUUUCCCACCAUCUGUGAUCACUACAAAGAACGACCCGUGACCCCUGAGGUUUCCUAUGUGGUCACGUGGAAGGGGGAGCGAACCCCGUCAGCCUCCUGUAGGCUGUGGUUUACAGGGCCUAUGGCAGACUCCGUCUACACGCGGUCAGUGUGUUUUGACACCAUAUUCUUUCAUGUCAAAGACUGCGCUGUUCGAUUGGAGUUCUCCGAAGAGUCAGGGACCAAAGCAACGAACUACUCGUGCACCCAUAAACCUAAAGUAUGGUGUGCAGAGAAAGAUCAGACAGCAUAUAUCAACUUGUUUGGAGCAAAUCUUCAUCCGAACAACUCUUCCUCAUUCAAAAUCCUGGUCACUGCCGAGAAAACGAGCACACUAUUGUAUUUGAAGAUCGGUAUCAUAGUGGGAAUGGUCUGUCUGUGUAUUACUGGCAUCUUGGUUGCUGUAUGCUGUUACAAGAAAAAACAGAAAGUGGUCAAGGACGCGGAAUUAGAGUACACUCGACUGGCAGAAUGAGACUGUCUUAAUUCACAUGGGAAAUAUGUUAAAAAUAUAACUGAAUGAAUGCCCUUUGCAUUAUCUGGGUCCAAGAAUCUCAUUAGAAUACAUGUGCAAAAUAUUAAUAUACAAACGGCCAAAUGCUGUUCGGUUUAAUUUUCAGAUGAAUUACCAUAUCAAUUUUUUGUGCUAUAAAUUUAACGCCUCCCACCUGCAAGUUCUUUUAAAAACAGAGAUUUGAGAUACCAGGGCUACUUGUUAUCUAUAUAUACAUAUGCCAAUCAUAAAUGAUGUUGAUUACUAGUACUUUUAUGAUUCACUGUUUAACUUCAUAAUUUAUAUAAGUCUAAUUGUGGUAUUGAAAGGAUACAAAAAAUAACGUUUAUAAAGGAAAGCGGUUAUGAUUGAGAUGUCAUAUUGACUUGCUAUCGCUUAAGAAAAGAAACUACAUGUAUGUAAAAUAUAUGUAAUUAUAAAUACAGCUGUAGACUGACUCUGUGUCUAUGGUUUUAGAAUGAAAAAAGUUGUUUUUUUCUCUCGACAGCAAUUGUAUUGUGUUUUCUUCAAUAAAAAUACUU